AUGGUUGAUAAAGCCACUGCUCGAAUGGUAGUUGGUAUUCUAGGGAACAUCAUUUCACUAAUCUUGUUCACUUCACCAGUGCCAACUUUUAUCAGAAUAUGGAAGAAAGGGUCGGUGGAACAGUACUCACCAGCACCAUACCUUGCGACUCUGGUGAACUGUGGGCUAUGGACCUUGUACGGACUGCCAUGGGUGCACCCACAUAGCAUCCUGGUGGUAACCAUUAACGGUACGGGGUUCGUCAUCGAGCUACUGUAUCUGCUACUCUUUGUCAUCUACUCUGACAAGAAGAAGAAGCUCAAAGUGCUGCUAAUAAUGCUUGCUGAGUUCAUAUUCCUAGGCGUUCUUGCACUUGUGGUUCUGACCAUAGGUCACACCACCAAGCUCCGGUCGACCAUCGUCGGAAGCCUUUGCAUGUUGGGCAAUGUUAUGAUGUAUGCUUCACCGUUAUCCGUCAUGACGCUGGUGAUUACGACAAAAAGUGUGGAGUACAUGCCCUUUUUUCUCUCCUUGGCUUCCUUUGCUAACGGCAUUUGCUGGACAUCUUAUGCCCUCAUCCGUUUUGACCCCUUUAUUGCUGCACCUAAUGGGUUGGGUACACUGUUUGGGAUGGCCCAGCUGAUACUAUAUGCCACGUACUAUAAAUCAACAAAGCAACAAAUGGCAGCAAGGCAAAGCAAAGUGGAGAUGGGCUUAGUAGACAUGGGCGCAAAUGGAGACUCCGAAAAGAUGAACGGUCAGGUCCAUAACCAUAAAUAAAUGGUCGUAGGCUCAAAAUAAUUGAGAAUCCAUGUGCUUGGCCCAUUCGGACAAUGAGUUUGGACCCAUUAGAUGGCACCGAACUUUUUUGCUUUAAUAAAUGUUUCUUUUUACGUUCAAUCAAUGGAGUGAAAGG